AUAUACCUUCGCUUCCUCCCUCCCACUUUCUAUCAAAACACCAUCAACCUAAAUAACAAAGGGAUUAACAAUGGAACUCAUUACCUUCGUCUUCUGCUCUUCUUUCUUUAUCCUUCUUUCAACUCUCUUUCUCUUCAAAUCUUUCUUCACCUCCGCCGCUCGCCGGAAAAACCUCCCUCUUCCUCCCGGAACACUCGGUUGGCCUUAUAUUGGCGAGACCUUCCAACUCUACUCGCAAAACCCAAAUGUCUUCUUCGCUUCUAAAGUCAAAAAGUAUGGUUCGAUCUUUAAAACCCAUGUUUUGGGUUGUCGGUGUGUCAUGAUUUCAAGCCCGGCUGCUGCUAAGCUUGUGCUUGUUACCAAAUCUCAUCUUUUUAAGCCUACAUUCCCUGCUAGCAAAGAGAGAAUGCUGGGAAAACAAGCAAUUUUCUUCCACCAAGGUGAUUACCAUUCCAAAUUGAGACGUCUUGUUCUCCGAGCAUUCACCCCUGAAUCCAUCAAAAACAUCAUCCCUGAUAUCGAAUCCAUCGCCGUCCAAUCACUCCGAGGAUGGGAAGACCAACAACUCAUCAACACUUUUCAGGAAAUGAAAACAUUCACAUUCAAUGUUGCAUUGCUUUCCAUUUUCGGAAAAGAUGAGGUGCUAUACAGAGAGGAUCUCAAGAGAUGUUAUUACAUUCUUGAAAAAGGGUACAAUUCGAUGCCGAUUAAUCUUCCCGGAACACUCUUCAACAAAUCAAUGAAGGCGAGGAGGGAACUAGCACAGAUCCUGGCCAAGAUUCUUUCUUUGAGAAGGGAAACCAACAAAGAAGAACAUAAGGAUUUGUUGGCUUCGUUCAUGGAAGAGAAAGAAGGGCUCACCGACGAACAAAUCGCCGACAACAUCAUCGGCGUCAUCUUCGCCGCCAGGGACACCACCGCUAGUGUCUUGACAUGGAUCGUCAAGUACUUGGCUGAAAAUCCCACUGUCCUACAAGCUGUCACUGAAGAGCAAGAGGGGAUAAUGAAGGGGAAAGAUGACAAGGCUUUGACUUGGGCAGAUACCAAGAAAAUGCCCAUAACUUCAAGAGUCAUUCAAGAGACCCUCCGAGUUGCUUCUAUCUUAUCUUUUACCUUCAGAGAAGCUGUCGAAGAUGUUGAAUUUGAAGGGUACCUUAUUCCAAAAGGAUGGAAGGUAUUGCCACUCUUUAGAAACAUCCACCAUAGUCCCGAAAACUUCACGGAGCCAGAGAAGUUUGACCCGUCAAGAUUCGAGGUGGCACCAAAGCCCAAUACAUUUAUGCCAUUUGGCAAUGGGACCCACUCAUGUCCAGGAAACGAGCUAGCCAAGUUGGAGAUACUAGUGCUUAUACAUCAUAUGACCACAAAAUACAGAUGGUCAAUGGUUGGCCCACAAAAUGAAAUUCAUUAUGCCCCAUUUGCCCUUCCCCAAAAUGGCUUGCCCAUAAGACUCUUUCCCAAGAAACAAUUGUAAAGAUGACAAGAGGAAAACAAGACCUUAAGGUUCAUGGAUUGGGCAUGUUUCCAAAUCGUGAGAAGGGGUAUUUCGAUAUGGAGAUUGAUUGGGGUUUGAGAAGAAGACAAAUCAAAGAAACUUACUAUUUUUAGAAUAUAUUACAAUGAUGUUUGACUGAUUUAGUCAAAGAAGAAAAGAAAAAGGAUAAAAGAAUCGUUUUGAGGAGAAGGAAAUUAUGGCCAAGGCAUAAAGAGGACUCUAAAGGACACCAAAUUGUACAUAAAGAGUUUCCUUAAACAAAUAAGAAGAAAAGAGAAAAAGAUUCUUGAUGAUUUUGUAAUGAAUAGGAGGUUAGGGGGAACGUGGUUUAUUGUAGCAGAGUUAGGUCAUACCUUUUUAACGUAUUUAGGUAAAACUACCAAGUCAGGAGAUGUUAUUGACUUUCUUUUAUUGUAUAAGUCCGUAAGGC